GCGCCGCCGGCAGCUGCGCCCAGCCCGGGCACAAAGGCCGCCAUGGCCGCGUACGUGCCGGGGCUGCUCCCGGCCAACCGCAGCCAGGAGAAGGAGUUCGUGCAGGCCUACGAGGACGUGCUGGAGCGCUACAAAGAUGAACGGGACAGAGUCCAAAAGAAAACCUUCACUAAAUGGGUCAAUAAACACUUGAUGAAGGUGCGCAAGCACAUCAAUGACCUUUAUGAAGACCUGAGAGAUGGCCACAACCUCAUCUCCCUCCUGGAAGUGCUGUCGGGAGUGAAGCUGCCGCGUGAGAAGGGGCGGAUGCGCUUCCACCGCCUGCAGAACGUGCAGAUUGCCCUGGAUUUCUUGAAGCAGCGACAGGUGAAACUGGUGAAUAUCCGCAAUGAUGACAUCACGGAUGGCAACCCCAAGCUCACCCUGGGGCUCAUCUGGACCAUCAUCCUCCACUUCCAGAUCUCCGACAUCUACAUCAGUGGGGAGCUAGGGGAUAUGUCAGCCAAGGAGAAGCUCCUGCUGUGGACACAGAAGGUGACAGCAGGUUACAUCGGGUUGAAGUGCACCAACUUCUCCUCCUGCUGGAGCGAUGGCAAAAUGUUCAAUGCCCUCAUCCACAGAUACAGGCCAGAUCUGGUGGACAUGGAGAGGGUGCAGAUCCAGAGUAACCGAGAGAACCUGGAGCAGGCCUUUGAGAUCGCCGAGCGCCUGGGGGUCACACGGCUGCUGGAUGCUGAAGACGUGGACGUCCCCUCUCCGGAUGAGAAAUCCGUGAUAACUUACGUGUCUUCAAUCUACGAUGCCUUUCCCAAAGUUCCCGAGGGGGGAGAAGGGAUCAGCGCCAUCGAGGUGGAUUCGAGGUGGCUGGAGUACCAGACCCAUGUGGAGUCCCUCAUCUCAUGGAUCAAGCAGCACACGAUACUUAUGUCAGACAAAUCCUUCCCCCAGAACCCUGUAGAGUUAAAGGCACUUUAUAACCAGUACAUACACUUCAAAGAAACUGAAAUCCCAGUGAAAGAGCAGGAAAAAGGACAGAUAGAGGAGCUCUACAAACUGCUAGAGGUUUGGAUCGAAUUUGGACGCAUCAAGUUGCCCCAGGGCUACCACCCCAACGAUGUGGAGGAGGAGUGGGGCAAGCUCAUCAUUGAGAUGCUGGAGCGCGAGAAGCUCCUGCGGCCGGCGGUGGAGAGGCUGGAACUGCUGCUACAAAUUGCUAACAAAAUCCAGAAUGGUGCUCUGAACUGUGAAGAAAAGCUCACCCUGGCCAAGAACACGCUACAGGCUGAUGCUGCUCACCUGGAGUCGGGCCAGCCGGUACAGUAUGAGUCCGACGUGGUCGUGUACCUGCAGGAGUGCGAGGGGCUCAUCCGCCAGCUCCAGGUGGAUGUGCAGAUCCUCCGGGAUGAGAACUACUACCAGCUGGAGGAGCUGGUGUUCAGGAUCAUGAGGCUGCAGGAUGAGCUGGUGACGCUGAGGUUGGAGUGCACCAACCUGUACAGGAAAGGCCACUUCUCCACCCUGGAGCUGGUGCCCGCAUCCACACUGAGCACGAUGCACUUGAAGGGCGAGUCCCUGACCAAAGGGCUCCACACCUCCUCGGCCUCCUGGUUCCGGAAGCCGAUGACCAGGACAGAGCUGGUGGCCAUCUCCUCCUCCGAAGAUGAAGGCAACCUCCGCUUUGUCUAUGAGCUGCUGGCCUGGGUGGAGGAGAUGCAGAUGAGACUGGAGCGGGCAGAGUGGGGCACUGACCUGCCAAGUGUGGAAUCCCAGCUGGAGACCCAGAGACACAUCCACGCCAGCGUGGAGGACCUGGGCUCCAGCGUGAAGGAGGCCAGGAUGUAUGAGGGUAAAAUGUCUCCAAAUUUCUGUGCAAGCUACAUGGAGACACUGGGCAAGCUGGAGACUCAGUACUGCAAACUGAUGGAAACCUCGAGCUUCAGGCUGAGGCACCUCCAGAGCUUGCAUGGAUUCGUGUCCCGGGCCACUGCUGAGCUGAUCUGGCUGAAUGAGAAGGAGGAGGAAGAGCUGGCCUACGACUGGAGUGACAAUAACCCCAACAUUGCAGCCAAGAAGAAUUACUUCUCGGAGCUGACAGCAGAGCUGGAAGACAAGCAGGACAUCUUCCGCUCCCUCCAGGACACGGCUGAGCUGCUCUCCCUGGAGAACCACCCGGCCAAACAGACCGUAGAGGCCUACAGUGCUGCCGUGCACACCCAGUGGCAGUGGAUCAAGCAGCUCUGCCUGUGUGUGGAACAGCACGUGAAGGAGAACGCCGCCUAUUUCCAGUUCUUCAGCGAUGCCCGGGAGUCGGAGACGUACCUGCGGAACCUGCAGGACUCCAUCAAAAGGAAAUAUUCCUGCGACCACAACACGAGCCUGACGAGGCUGGAGGACCUCCUGCAGGACUCUAUGGAUGAGAAGGAGCAGCUCAUCCAGUCCAAGAGCUCGGUGGCCAGCCUGGUGGGACGGUCCAAAUCCAUCGUCCAGCUCCAGCCCAGGAACCCAGAGCACGCCGUGAAGAGCACCAUCCCCAUCAAGGCUGUCUGUGACUACCGGCAGAUCGAGAUCACCAUCUGCAGGAACGAUGAGUGUGUCCUGGAGGACAAUUCCCAGAGGACAAAGUGGAAGGUGAUUAGCCCCACAGGGAAUGAGGCCAUGGUGCCUUCUGUCUGCUUCCUGAUCCCCCCACCCAACAAAGAGGCCAUCGAGAUGGCCAGCAGGGUGGAGCAGCUGUACCAGAAAGUGAUGGCUCUCUGGCACCAGCUCCACAUGAACACAAAGAGCCUCAUCUCCUGGAACUACCUGCGCAAGGACAUAGCCCUGGUGCAGAGCUUCAGUAUGGAAAAGCUCAGAUCCUUGGCUCAAGGGGAGUGUCAGCAAGCCCUGAAGAGCCUCCAGGCCCACUACGAGGAUUUCCUGCAGGACAGCCAGGACUCGGAGCUCUUCUCCGUGUCAGACCGGCUGCGCCUGGAGGAGGAAGUGGAGUCUUCCAAGGAACACAUCCGGCAGCUGCUGGAGUCCAUGGAGAAUGAGGACAAGGAUGAGACCGUUGCCAGGACAUAUCUGUCGGAGCUGAAGAACAUCUGCCUGCGCCUGGAGGAGUGCGAGCACAGGCUCGUGAGCCACAUCCAGUCCCCGAGCAGCGCCCGAGCAGAUGGUGACACCAUCCAGGAGAACGCCAUCCGCAUUGCAGAGCAGGAGUGCGCGCAGGAGAAUCUGCAUCAGCUGCAGUCAGAGCUCCGGGUUGUGUCCGAGAGGUGCUACAGCUUUCUGGCCAAAGCUCCUGCAGGGCCCAGCACCCCACACCUGCGUUCAGAGCUGGACUUGGUGGUGAACAAGAUGGAGCAGACACAUGCGCUGUCUUCCAUCUACCUGGAAAAGUUGAAGACGGUUGAUGUCAUUAUCCGCAACACCCAAGGAGCAGAAUCCCUGGUCAAAGGCUAUGAGGUGAAGCUGAGUCAGGAGGAGGCUGUUCCUGCUGACCUGGCAGCCAUUCAGACUCACAGGACCGCGUUGCGGCAAUGGCUCGGGGAGGUGAAGGACAAGGGCUCUGUGUUCUCCACACUGGAGGAGGAGAUGGCCAAGGCGAAGGAGGUGGGGGAGCAGCUGUUCCAGCUGAGGCAGGAGCGCAGCAUUGACCUGGAGCGUUUCCAGGAGAAGGGGAGCCAGCUGUGGGAUCGCUGGCAGCGAGUCUGUGCCCAGAUUGAGACCCGCCACGCGGAGCUGGAGAGCAUCCAGGAGGUUCUGAGUGAUUACCGGCAGUGCCACAGCGCCCUGAUCCAGUGGAUCGAGGAGAUCACAGCCCAGCAGGAGCUGAUGAAGCCUGGCCAGGCUGAGGACAGCCGGGUGCUGUCGGAGCAGCUCAGCCAGCAAACGGCUUUGGCUGCAGAAAUUGAGAAAAACCAAGCCAAGCUGGACCAGUGUCAGAAAUUCUCCCAGCAAUACUCGGCUGCCGUCAAGGACUAUGAGCUGCAGCUGAUGACCUACAGGGCCUUCGUGGAGUCGCAGCAGAAGUCCCCCAUGAAGCGCCGGCGGAUGCUCUCCUCCUCAGAUGCCAUCACCCAGGAGUUCAUGGAUUUGAGGACUCGCUACACAGCCCUGGUGACGCUGACCACCCAGCACGUGAAGUACAUCAGCGACGCACUGCGGCGGCUGGAGGAGGAGGAGAAAGUCGUGGAGGAGGAAAAGCAGGAGCAUGUGGACAAGGUGAAGGAACUCCUGGGCUGGGCCCUGGGCUUGAAGCAGAGUGUGCAGGGCAGGACAGCUGCUAUUGGGAGCAGAGAGCUGGGAGACAUUGAGAAAUCCAUCUUGGAGCAGCAGGCCCUGAAUGAGGAGCUGACUGCGAAGAAGGAGCAGGUCUCUGAGGCCAUCAAAACUUCCCAAAUCUUCCUGGCAAAACACAGCCACAAGCUUUCCCAACCAGAAAAGGACCAGAUUUCUGCUCAGAUUGGAGCUCUGAAGGAAACCUACCAGGCUCUCUGCAGCAACUCCACAGAGCAGCUCCAGCAGCUCCAGAGCCAGCUGGCCCAGGAGACAGAGCACAAGGGCAGUGAAGCUGUGGCAGGAGUGAUCGAUCUAGGCACAGUAGAAAUAUUCCCUGUCUUUGGUGCCAUGCAGAGAGGUCUUAUAGAUCAGGACACAGGCCUGGUCCUCUUGGAGGCCCAGGUGAUCACCUCUGACUUAGUUGUCCCAGAGACCAGUGAGAAACUCUCCUUGGAGAAAGCUCUGGCAAGAAACAUCAUUGAUCUCAGGGCAUUCCAGGUGCUGCAGGAACUGAAGGAUGCUCUCCAGCAGGUGGAAGAAGUCAGAUGUGAAGGGAGGCAGCUCCUCCCUGUCGUCGCUGCCAUAGAAGAGGGGAGAAUCAGUGAGAGCGUUGGGCUAAAGAUUCUUGAGGCUGAGUUCGUCACUGGGGGGUUUAAAUUCCAGCAGGGCAGAAUCAGCAUGGAGGCAGCUCUGCAAGAAAGGCUCCUUCCCCCCCAGCUUCACUCCAGGCUCCUGUCUCACCUGGAAGGUGGCAAGGAUUUGAUUGACCCCAACACUGCUGAGAAAAUCAGUCUGCCUGAGCUCCUGGACCAGUGCAUCGUCCACCAAGAGACUGGGCUGAGGCUGCUCCCAGUCAAGCAGCUGGCGGGUGGGAUGGUGAGCUUGAGGUCAGGCAGGGAGGUCAGCAUCUUCCAUGCAGUCCAGGAGGGGCUGAUGGACAGGCAGGUGACCAUCAGGUUGCUGGAAGCACGCCUCUUUGCUGGUGGCAUUGUUGACCCCAGGACAGGACACAGGCUGACCGUGGACGAGGCUGUCAGGCACAAUUUGAUUGACCAGGAUUUGGCAUGCGCGCUUCUGAUCCGGCAGCUGCAGAUGGGUGGGAUCAUCGACACUGUCACGGGAGAGAGGCUGACCAUGGAUGAAGCCCUAAGGAAGGGGUUGGUAGCUCCAAGGACUGCACUGCUGGUUCUGGAAUCCCUGUGGUCCUUCGCAGGGCUGCUGUGGCCAGAGACAGGCGAGAUCAUCCCUGUCGCAGAUGCUUUGGAGCAAGGGAUCCUCUCCACAGAGUUGAUUGAGGAGAUUCUCAGUAAGAGGCAGCUCCUUCAGGCUGUUUUUAUACCAGAAACCACAGAGGUGUUGUCCUGGCAGAAGGCAGUGGAACAGGGCAUCCUGGAGAGAGAGGUGGUGAAGAAGCUGAAAUCAACAGCUGUACCUGAUGUCAUGGCCAGUGUGCAGCUCACUGGCUCUCCAAGCAGGAGCAGACAUGGCCAGAGCUCCCCUGGAAGGAGCCCCACAGGUCACGAGGAGCCUCUGCUAAGGAGUGACGAUGAAAGGCUGAUGUUCCACUUGAUGACCCACUGCUACAUCAACAUCCAUGAUGGCCAGAAGGUGCUCUUAGUGGAUGCAGAGUUGAACAAUCUCACCAAAGCUCUCAUCCAAAGCCAAGAAAAUGGAUCCUGUGCACAGGUGUUGGAAGGCUUUGAGGAGACAGUGGCAGAUGCAGCUCUUCAAAGCAAACCUUGCAAUGGUUUGUCUUUGCAGCACCUUGAGCUUCAGUUUACUCCUUCAAAAGGUGAAAGCGAGAAGAUCCUACCACCCAGAACUGCUUUAGAGAAUGGGGAUAUGGUGAUGGGACCUGAAGGUCUCCUCUUGGAGGAUGCAGAGGAUUUCCUGCGUGUGGAAGAGGAGGAGCAGAUUUCCACUGAACAGGAGACCAUCAGGAGUGAAACUGAUGCUGAAUUUGGAAGAGAACAGGUCACUUUUACGACAAAAGAUAAACAUCGAGUAAAAUUAUUGUUCCCAGAACUUCCCAGUGACCUUGACAGUGGAUUAAUCAGAGAAAGAGAGGAAAUUAUGAUUGAGACAGAGGAAGAGUCCAAGCCUCUUGCAGUAGAUGGAGUGGAAAGUCCCGAAUAUCAGAAGAGGGCAUUGGAGAGUGGGCCAGUGGUUGUGAAAAGUGAAAUCUGCAUAAUCAUGGGUGUUCCAGAAAGUAGAGACAAACUGAAAAUCAUGGCAGAAAGGUCUCAGGGUGUGAGGGAACCUGAACAAGAGGCAGAAGAUGUUAGAGAGGUUUAUUUGCUAAAAGAGGAAGCAGUUGAAAAUGGUGUGCUGGGAGGGGAGGAGGUUGUGCUCCCUGCAAGUGGAGAGGCAGCGCCAGCAGAGAGGCAGAGCAAGGACAUGGAAAGGGUGUUGGAAGUGGAAGAAGGAGAGCGGGAAGAAGUGUUAGGUGAUGAGGGCAUUGAGGAGCCAUCCCUGCCAGCCCCUGAGGAGCAGGAAGCAGAGGACACUUUGGAAAAACUCCUGUUGCAGCUCCAAAGCGGUGGCAUCAUCCACGAGCAGAUGGGCAAGAGGCUGCUGCUGGACGAGGCGGUGGCCUCUGGAGUGAUGUCCGGCCACACGGCCGUGAAGCUCAUGGAAAAGAUGAAGAUGUUCAGUGGCUUCUUUGACUCUGAGGUGUGUGAACCCUUGACCACUGAGGACGUGAUUGAAGAAGGUCUGAUGGAUGAGAAGCUGCUCCAGAAGGUCCUCGCACCUGACAAAGCUAUAAGUGGUGUCCUUGACCCAGGCAACAACUUUGUCUACUCCGUCAAGGACGCUGCUGCCAUUGGCCUUCUGGACAAGGAGACAGCGAUGAGGAUCUUGGAAGGGCAGGUGGUUACUGGGGGGAUUGUUGACUUGAAACGUGGCAAAAAAGUGUCGGUGACUUUGGCUUCAAAUCUGGGCCUCAUAGAGCCAGCGAGUCAGACAGAGCUGGUCAAGCUGGAGAAGGCUUCCAAGGGGAAAGGCACUGAUGAGGUGACCAGGCAGAAGCUCAUUAAUUUACAGGCUGAGACAAGUGGCAUUGUGGAUCCUGAAACCAAAUGGCCUUUAACUGUGGCAGAGUCUGUUGAAAAAGGGCUCCUGGAGAAGGAAAAAGCUUUUCAGCUCUUGACCAAGCAGGUUGCUGGUGGAGGAAUCAUCCAUCACGUGUCUGGGAUGAGGCUUUCGGUGGACAACGCGAUGAGACACGGUUUGAUCAAUCCAGAUCUUUGCAAGGAGCUCAGGAAGGCUGAAAGUGUGGUCCUGCAGGACUUUGUCCAUCCAGCCACAAAGGAGAAGCUGCCCUUGCCCCAGGCAGUGUCCCUGGGGCUCAUUAGCCCAGAAUUCCAGAGGAAGGUGCAGGAAAUCCAGGCUGCGAGUGGAAGCAUUCUUGAUCCAGCUUCUGGCCAGAGACUAGCACUGUGUCAAGCGGUGCAGGAGGGCUUGGUGCCCCAGCAGGUGGUAGAGAAAGUCCUGUCGUCUUCAGAAAUGAAGGAAGGAGUUGUAGACCCCGAAACCUGUAUGAUCGUUCCGUACUCAGAGCUCCUGAAGAAGUGCAAGAUCGAUAUUGAAUCCGGGCAGAGGUAUCUGGAGGUGCAUCCCUUCCAGGCCAUCAAGGAUGGGGUGACAGGGACCAAGCUGCCGUGUGCAGAGGCGGUGAGGCUGGGGAAGGUGGACCUCCUGCCCACCCUGAGGCUGCUGCAGGCACAGGCAGACAGUGGAGGGGUGGUGGAGGGCACUGUCAGCCAGAGGCUGUCCCUGAGGGCAGCUGUGGAACAAGGGAUGCUGGAUGAGGCCAUGGCCAAAGUCAUCGCCACCAACCAGCUCAGGGCUGGGGGAAUUGUUGAUGCCCCCAGUGGAAAAAGGUUGACUGUGAAGGAAGCUGUUGGAAAAGGACUGAUUAGCCAAAAAUUAGCUGUCAGUCUUCGGGAUGCACAACUAUCCAAAGAGAAAGUUGGUUCUGAGGUCUGCAAAGUAGAAAAAAUGCAACUUUCACAGGAAAAAACAGAAAAAUUAUCUCCAAAAGAGGAAGGUGUCAUCCUCCCUGCCAGAUCUGCCAGGUCUGAUGGUGCUGAGCCCAAAGCUCAACCUGAAGCUGUGAGCUAUGACACAGCUCCUAGUGCAGCUGCUGCCACUGAGAAACCCCCCAAAGCACAGACAGAAAGGGAAUUAAAACCCCAGGAAGCUUCAGGGGGUUGUGUCCAUCCCCAGGAUGAACAUCAUUGUCUUCAUCAUCCCCAGGCAAAGGCUGAGGUGACUCCAGAGCACCCCUCAGUGUUGGGGACAGCGUCUCUCCCUGAAGAGACAGUGGUGGCAGGAGCUGUGGAAAAAGAGAUACCAAAAGGCAGCUCACAAGUGAGAGCAGCCUGGGGGAAGGAAUCGAGGGAAGAAGUGGAUGGAGGGACAGAGAAAGUAGAGAGACUGGGCUUGGAGAAGGAGCAGUUGUUCUUGGGCACAGAGGUGCUUCACAGGGAGGAGGAUGGUGAGAAGAGGAGGAGGAGAGAGUUUGUAAGAGCAGAGGGAGUUGUGGCAGGUGGAGAAGGUGCAGUGGUGACUUCUGGGCAAGGAGAGAGAGUGACCAGUGUGGUCCAGGAGACACCAGCGCCCGCGAGGGAAUCUGUCAGUGUGGGCCCAGGGGAGGGAGGGAUGGGUCCUGCAGAGUCUGGAGAACCCCCUGAGGUUGGUGUUCCUAUGGAGCCUGUGGGAGAUGAGCUUACAGGGAAGAAAGCUGUCAAACACACAGAAAGAGAAACCUCUCACACAGAAGGUCCCAUUGAUCAGGAAAAAACAAGUGAAAGUGAGCUAAAAACUACCCAAAAACAGAAAAGCAAAAAGAAGAAAUCAAAGCAGGGCAGCAUUCCAGGAGACAGCGCGCAGCCCGAGAAACCUUCUGCAGAAAAGCAGCUCCUUCCUUCUCUGGUUUCCCAUGAAAUUCCAAGGAAAAAGGGUGAGAAGGAGCACUUUGUCUCCAGGGUGCCAGAGCCAAAACAUGAAUCCAGCAUCGAGACUGCUGCUGGGUUGGCACGAGAUACAGCCAAGCACAAGGGUGGAAAAGGAAAGAAAACAAUUCCUGGGAAAGAUACAGAAACCCCCAGAGCAGAUCAGGUGUUUCCUGUGCCUCCCAAACAAGAGGAAGCUCGAGAGGUGGAGAAAGGUGGGAUCAAGGAUGGUCACGAUUCCUUGGUGGCACUGAGUCUGGAGGAGGGGAUGGCUCAGGAAGACACUAGGGUGGAAACCACCCGGGAUGUGUCCAGCAAAGCCACCGUGGCACAGGAAUUGCCCCAUGACUUAAUUAUCAGAGAGGAACCCACAGAAGUUCAGGAAACGGCCACAGUCCUGGAGCUUGGAGAAGAGAAACAGCACGAGCAAACAGCUGAGCUCAGAGCAGACCAAGGGAGUGUCCCUGCUCCCCCAAAAUCCCAAGAAGAAACCCCCCAGGAGAGGACCAAGCAGCCAGGUCCAGGUGAUCGGGGUUUGCUCUUGCCUGUGAUCGUGGAGGGUGAGCUGCUGGAAACCUCGAGGGAGUCCACAAGACCAGCCCAGAUCAAGUUCAGCAAGAAGAUGUGUCUGGAGCACGACCAGAAGCUGAUAUCUUAUCUCUCCAUGCUCCGAGAUAUCGAGAUGAGAAUCAAACGGGUGCAGCCAGUGGAGCAGAAUUUGGCAGCCCUGCACGACCUGAGGCAGCAAGCAGAGGCUCUGGGCGCUGAGCUGCAGGAGCUGAGCUUCCCAGUGAAUCAGGAGCUGGAUGCUGUGCAGAGGAUUGUGGCAAACCCCCCUGAAGAAGUCCCUGAGCAGUUACUGAAGGCUUUGGAGAAGGAUGCCAAGAACCUCCAGAAGUCUCUGAGCUCUGCAAAGGAAGUCCUGCAGUCCCGACUGCAAAACCUUUGUGGAGCGGCAGAAGCUGAAAAGGCUAAAAUCCUGGCUCAUCAGGAGGCUCUUCAGGGCAGGCUCCAGGAGCUGCUGAGCUGGGUCUCUGGCACCACAGAGUCGCUGGAUGACAGCGAUUUCCAGCAGGCCACCGAUGCCAACAGCUUGCGUCUCUGCCUGCAGCACUAUAAGGAGCUGAAGGAGCCCCUUGCUGACACCAAGGCCGGGCUGGACACCACUGCCUUCGACAUCCAGCUCCUGAUCUCAGAGCACGCCCAGGAUUUAACCCCCCAGCAGAGCAGGCAGCUGCUGAAGCUGCUCAAUGAGCUGCAGAAAGCCUUCAGGGACCUGUCAGAGCGUGUGACAGCACGGGUGGAGGUGCUGCAGGUCUGUCUCCAGCAAGUGGAGCAGACAGAGCAGCAGCGUGAGAGGAGGUGCAGGCCUGGUAGUGACUGCCCCCUGUCCCCUUUGCUGUGCCCGCAGACGCUGCAGGAGCAACAGGCAGCCCGGGCACAGAGCCUGGCCGAGCUGAGCCGCUGGCUGCGCCAGGCAGAGGACACACUGGCAGAGCAGCAGAGGGCAGAAGGGGACCUGCCUGCCUUGCAGCAGAGGCAGAGCGAUGUUAAGGAGCUGCAGAGGAACAUGCACAGCAGAGCCGCCUCUUUUGCCAGUGUUCUGAAGAGCACAGAGCAGUUUUUGGAGGAGAACAAGGCCAAGCUGGAGCCCGGGGAACUGGCAGCACUGCAGCAGGACCUGCAGCAUGCCAAGGAGCAGUACCAGUCCCUGCAGGAGAGGACAGAGGUGGCCCAGAAGGAGCUGGAGAGCGCUGUGGCUGCUGCAGUGCAGCAGCAGACCGAGAAGGUGAAAGCUGCCAAAGAGCUGGAGGAGAACAGCAAUAAGAUCGAUUCCCUUUUGAACUGGGUAGCAUCGCUGGAGCAGAAGGGAGGGCUCCCAGAGUACAGACCACACCCUGUCAAUCAAGGGACAGGGACACAAGCAGGAAAAAGCACUGGGGAUGUCCCUGAUGGCCAUGUUGUGGGCGCAGACAGUGCUGCUGAGAGCCUGGACGAGCAGUACGAGACGCUGAAGGUGCAGCACCAGGAGCUGCUGUCCCAGCAGCAGGACGUCAUCCUGGCCACGCAGUCAGCACAGGCUUUCCUGGACAAGCACGGCCACAGCCUGGCCCGGGAGGAUCGGGGGAGCGGCUUGCAGGCACAGCUGACCGAGCUGAAGGAUCAGUACUCGGCGUCGCUGUCACGGUCGGAGGCGCAGCUGAAGCGGGUGCAGCUCCUGCGGGAUGAGCUCCAGAAGUUCCUGCGGGACCACAGCGAGUUCCAGGCCUGGCUGGAGCAGGCAGAGCAGGACCUGGAGGGGAUGUACAAAGGGGACAGUGACCCUGCCUCCCUCAAGGAGCUGCUGCGGCACCAGGGGAGCUUCUCGGAGGAUGUGAUCUCCCACAAGGGCGACCUGCGCUUCGUCACCAUGUCGGGGCAGAAGCUUCUGGAUGGGGAUGCUGAGGAUGCUGAGUCCCAGCUGUUGAUGUCCAGGAGUGUGGUCAGGAGCAAGCUGGAGGAUGCCACGCAGAGAUACACCACGCUGCACUCCAAGUGCUCCAAGCUGGGCUCCCACCUGAGCACCUUGCUGGAUCACUACCAGCAGUUCCAGGAGGUGGCAGAGUCUCUCAGGAUGUGGCUGCAGGAGAGUGAAGCUGCCCUCGGGAAGCUGCUCUCAGAGACGGUUUCAUCAGAUCUGGCCAUGCUGCAGAAGCAACUCGCCAGCACCAAGCAACUGCAGGGAGACCUGGCUGAGCACCAGGUGCCAGUGGAGAAGCUCCAGAAAGGAGCUCGGACUCUGCUGGACAUCCGAGGGGAGCCGGCCCCAGACCAUGGCCACAUUCAGGAAACCACAGAUGCCAUCAUGAGCCGCUUCCAGAGCCUCUCCCAGCAGAUGUCCGAGCGCUCGGACCUGCUGCAGAAAUCCAUCGCCCAGUCCCAGAGCGUCCAGGAGAGCCUGGAGAGCCUCCUCCAGUCGGUGGCUGAGAUUGAGAAGAACCUGGAGAAGGACCAGCCAGCCGUGCUCUCCUCUGCCUCCAUCCAGGACUCUCUUGCCACAAGUGUGAAGCUGAAGCAGGACAUUGCCCGGCAGAAGAGCUGCCUGGAAGCCACCCAGGAGAUGGUGACACAGUUCAUGGAGGCCACCGACAGCCCCGCGGCCUCUGCCCUGCAGGACAAGCUGGCCCAGGUGACAGAGCACUUUGGGAGGCUGUGCCAGCAGCAGCAGGAGCGGGAGAACACCCUCAAGGGCCUCCUCCCCAAGGUGGAGCAGUACGAGCAGCUCUCGGAGAAGCUGCAGCAGUUCAUGGAGAGCAGCACGCGGGUGUUGGCGUCUGGGAACCAGCCAGACCGGGACAUCGCUCACUUCUCCCAGCACAUCCAGGAGCUGAAUUCAGAGAUGAGGCAGCACCAGGAGGACCUGGUCACCCUGGAGCACCUGGCUGAGGAGCUGAGCUCCUGUGGCUUCACCCCCAGCACCUUCCAGCAGCAGGAGAAGCUGCAGGGCCUGAAGAAAGAUUUCCUGCAGCUACAAAAGGAGGCAAAAGACAGAGAAAAGGAUGCAUCAUCCUGCCAGGAGCAACUGGAUGAGUUUCGGAAUUUGGUUAGCACCGUGAGGAAGUGGCUGAGGGAGAGCGAAGGCAAAAUUCCACCUGCUGAGACCUCCCUGGGCACCCAGGAGCUGCAGCAGCACAGGCAGCAGAUCCAGGAUCUCCUGGAGGAAUGGAAGGGGAAGGGGCCCCAGGUGGAGGAGAUUGGCCGCAGAGGGACCCUCCUGGAGAACCUGAUUGUGGAGAUUACAGCCCCCAACACCCCGCCCAAGGCAGGUGCCACUCUGCCCACUCCAGGAGGCUCAGGAGGCAGCGUGAACGGAUACCACACGUGCAAAGACCUGACAGAGAUCCAGUGCGACGUGUCGGACGUGAGCCGGCGGUACCAGACGCUGGGCAUGGCGCUGCGGGAGCGCCAGCAGCAGCUCUCGGCCAUGCUGGACAGGAUGCAGGAGGUGCAGGAGGAGGCCAGCUCCAUGCUCAAGUGGCUGGAGUCCAAGGAACAGACGCUGUCCGAGCUGGAAGCCUCCUCCUCACCCACCAAGACAGAGACGAUGAGAGCUCAGGCUGAGCACAACAAGGCAUUUCUUGCUGAACUGGAACAGAAUUCUGGGAAGAUCCAGAAGGUAAAGGAAGCACUUUCUGGCUUGCUGGAAAAAUAUCCAGAAUCCCCAGAAGCAAUGAACUGGAAGAAGAUGCAGGAGGACCUGAAUUGCAGGUGGGAGAGGGCCAGCCAGGCCACGGCCGCACGGCAGCAGAAGCUGGAGGAGUCAGCGACGCAGCUGGCCACAUUCCAGGCUGCCGAGGCCCAGCUGCGGCCCUGGCUCAUGGAGAAGGAGUUGAUGAUGAGCGUGCUGGGCCCCCUCUCCAUUGACCCCAACAUGCUGAGCGCUCAGAAGCAGCAGGUCCAGUUUAUGCUGAAGGAAUUUGAAGCUCGCCGACAACAGCAUGAGCAGCUCAACCAGGCAGCUCAGAGCAUCCUGACUGGCCCUGGAGAUGUUUCUCCAUCCACGAGCCAGGUGCGGGAUGAGCUCCAAGGGAUCAACCAGAAAUGGUCCGAGCUCACGGAGCGCCUCAACUCCCGCUCCAGCCAGAUCGACCAAGCCAUAGUAAAGAGCACCCAGUACCAGGAGCUUCUCCAGGGCCUCUCAGAGAAGGUGAAGACUGUUGGGCAGCGCCUGAGCAGCCAGUCUGCCAUCAGCACCCAGCCUGAUGCUGUCAAACAGCAGCUGGAGGAGACCAGUGAGAUCCGCUCAGACCUGGAGCAGCUGGAAGAGGAGAUCUCAGAGGCUCAGACUCUCUGUGAUGACCUCUCCAUCCUGAUUGGGGAGCAGUACCUCAAAGAUGAGUUGAGGAAACGUCUGGAGACGGUGGCACUUCCCCUCAAAGGGCUGGAAGAUCUGGCAGCCGACCGGAUGAACCGACUGCAGACUGCGCUUGCGAGCUCCCAGCAGUUCCAGCACAUGUUUGAUGAACUCAGGACCUGGCUGGAUGACAAAAGGUGCCAACAAGCCCAGAGCCAACCAAUUUCUGCUAAACUGGAGAAGCUGCAGAGCCAAAUCCAGGAGCAAGAAGAGUUCCAGAAGAGCCUCAACCAACACAGCGGCUCCUACGAGAUGAUUGUGGCUGAGGGAGAAUCUUUGCUGCUUUCGGUCCAGCCUGGGGAGGAGAAGACCACCCUGCAGAACCAGCUGGUCAGCCUGAAAACACACUGGGAGGAGCUCAGCAAACAGGCUGCUGACAGACACUCCAAGCUCAAGGACUGCUUGCAGAAAGCUCAGAAGUACCAGCGGCACGCGGACGAUCUCCUGCCCUGGGUGGAGGACUGCAAGGCGAGGAUGGCAGAGCUGGAGGUGACCCUGGAUCCAGUGCAGCUGGAGGCCACUCUUCUGAGGUCCAAGGCCAUGCUGAGUGACGUGGAGAAGCGCCGGUCCCUGCUGGAGAUGCUCAACAGUGCUGCUGACAUCCUGACUGACUCUUCCCAAACGGACGAGGAUGACAUCCGGGAUGAGAAGGCUGGCAUCAACCAGAAAAUGGAUGCUAUCACAGAAGAGCUGCAAACCAAGACUGGCUCCAUUGAAGAAAUGUCCCAGAGGCUCAAGGAGUUCCAGGAGAGCUUCAAGAACAUCGAGAAGAAGCUGGAAGGGGCAAAGCACCAGCUGGAGAUCUACGAUGCCCUGGGGCCGCAAGCCUGCAGCAACAAGAAUUUGGAGAAGCUUAGGGCACAGCAGGAGGUUCUGCAGGCCCUGGAGCCACAAGUGGAUUACCUGAAAAACCUCACUCGAGGUCUGGUAGAAGAUGCUCCAGAUGGAUCCGACAGCUCCCAGCUCUUAAGCCAAGCUGAGGUGGCUCAGCAGGAUUUCCAGGCUGUGAAGCAGAAAGUCAAUGAUUGCUGUGCUCUCAUGGAAAACAAGCUGGAAGGGAUCGGCCAGUUCAACAGCAGGGUCAGGGAGAUGUUCUCCCAGCUGGCAGAUCUGGAUGAUGAGCUGGACAGCAUGGGCCCCAUCGGGAGAGACUCCGACAGCCUCCAGUCCCAGGCUGAGGAUGUCCGCGCCUUCCUGGGCAAGCUGCACCGCCUGAAGUGCGACAUCGAGUCCUCUGAGAGCGAGUGCAAGAAAAUGCUGGAGGACGAGGGCAGCCCCGACUUGCUGGGGCUGAAGCGGGAGCUGGAGACACUGAGCAAGCAGUGCAGCAAGCUGACGGAGAGGGGCAGGAACCGGCAGGAGCAGGUGGAGACAACGCUGUCCCGCGUCGAGGACUUCUACAGCCGCCUGAAGGAGCUCAGCCACAUGACCACGGCGGCCGAGGAGAACGAGGCCUUGCAGUGGGUGGUGGGGACAGAGGUGGAAACCAUCAACCAGCAGCUGGCAGACUUCAAGCAAUUCCAGAAGGAGCAGGUGGAUCCCCUCCAGCUAAAGCUACAGCAAGUCAAUGGAGUUGGUCAGGGACUCAUCCAAAGCGCCGGGAAAAACUGUGACGUCCAAGGGCUGGAGCAUGACAUGGAAGAGAUCAACACCCGCUGGAACACCCUCAACAAGAAGGUGGCCCAGCGAGUGGCUCAGCUGCAGGAGGCCCUGUUGCGCUGCGGGAAGUUCCAGGACGCCCUGGAGCCGCUGCUGAGCUGGCUGGCGGACACCGAGGAGCUCAUCUCCAACCAGAAACCUCCCUCUGCCGAGUACAAGGUGGUGAAAGCCCAGAUCCAAGAGCAGAAGCUGCUCCAGCGCCUCCUGGACGAUCGCAAAGCCACGGUGGAGAUGAUCCAGGCGGAGGGCGACCGGAUCGCGCAGUCGGCCGAGCCUGCGGAUCGGGACAAGAUCGUGGGGCAGCUGGAGAGCCUGGCACGGCGCUGGGAAGGGCUGCUGGGCAGGGCAGCUGCCAGGCAGAAGCAGCUGGAGGAUAUCUUGGUGCUGGCAAAGCAGUUCCAUGAAACCACGGAGCCCGUGUCCGACUGGCUGUCGGUGACAGAGAAGAAACUGGCCAACUCUGAGCCUAUUGGCACCCAGACUGCCAAAAUCCAGCAGCAGAUCAGCCGCCACAAGGCUCUUGAGGAGGAGAUAGAGAGCCACGCUGCUGACGUGUCUCGGGCGCUGGGGGUCGGGCAGUCGCUGUCCUCCCUGAGCUGUGCCGCCGAGCAGAGGCUGCUGGCAGAGAAAUUAGAGGCUCUGCAGAGCCGCUACGGCGAGGUUCGGGACCGGUGCAGCCGGAAGGCAGCACUGCUGGACCAAGCUCUGGCCAACGCCAGGCUCUUUGGGGAGGAGGAGGUGGAAGUGCUCAACUGGCUGGCUGAGGUGGAGGACAAGCUGGGCUCAGUGUCCAUAAAGGAUUACAAACGGGACGUCCUGCAGAAGCAGCAUGCCGAACAGCUGGCUCUGAAUGAGGAAAUUGUGAACAGGAAGAAGAACGUGGACCAAGCCAUUAGAAAUGGACAAGCUCUCCUGAAGCAAACCACAGGGGAGGAGGUGCUGCUGAUCCAGGAGAAGCUGGAUGGAAUCAAGACCCGCUACUCCGACAUCACCACCGCCAGCUCCAAGGCCCUGCGCACGCUGGAGCAGGCCCGGCAGCUGGCCACCAAAUUCCAGUCCACCCACGAGGAGCUCACCGGGUGGAUGAGCAAGGUGGAGGACGAGCUGGCUUCCAGCGGGGCACAGUCCCCUGCUGGCAAGCAGAUCCCCCAGUUCCAGCAGCGGCAAAAGGAGCUGAAGAAGGAGGUGAUGGAGCACAGGCUCAUCCUGGACACGGUGAAUGAGGUGAGCCGGGCUCUGCUGGAGCUGGUGCCCUGGAGAGCCCGGGAGGGGCUGGACAAGCUCGUGUCGGACACCAACGAGCGCUACAAGCUGGUCAGUGACACCGUCAAGCAGAGGGUGGAAGAAAUCGAUGCUGCUAUUCAGAGGUCUCAGCAGUACGAGCAGGCAGCUGAUGCGGAGCUGGCCUGGGUGGCCGAGACCAAGCGGAAGCUGAUGGCUCUGGGUCCCAUCCGCCUGGAGCAGGACCAGACGACGGCUCAGCUGCAGGUGCAGAAGGCGUUUUCCAUUGACAUCAUCCGGCACAAAGACUCCAUGGAUGAGCUGUUCAGCCAGCGCGACGAGAUCUUCGGCACCUGUGGUGAGGAACAAAAAGCUGCUCUCCAGGAGAAAACUGAGUCCCUGGUGCAGCAGUACGAGGCCGUGAGCCAGCUCAACUCGGAGCGCUAUGCCCGCUUGGAGCGUGCCCAGGUCCUGGUCAGCCAGUUUUGGGAGACCUACGAGGAGCUGAACCCAUGGAUUGAGGAGACCCAGGCCCUCAUCUCCCAGCUGCCACCCCCAGCCAUUGACCACGAGCAGCUCAAGCAGCAGCAGGACGACAUGAGGCAACUGAGAGAGUCCAUCGCUGAACACAAACCUCACAUCGACAAGCUGCUGAAAAUCGGGCCACAGCUCAAGGACCUCAACCCCGAGGAAGGGGAGAUGGUGCAGGAAAAAUACUCCAGGGCUGAGGCCUUGUAUGCCAAAAUCAAGGAGGAGGUUUGCCAGCGGGCCCUGGCGCUCGACGAGGCCUUCUCUCAGUCCACGCAGUUCCACGACAAGAUUGAGCCCAUGCUGGAGACCCUGGAGAGCCUCUCCUCCCGCCUGCGGCUGCCGCCCCUCAUCCCCGCCGAGGUGGACAAGAUCCGGGAGUGCAUCAGCGAGAACAAGAACUCCACGGUGGAGCUGGAGAAGCUGCAGCCCUCCUUCGAGGCCCUCAAACGCCGUGGGGAAGAGCUCAUCGGCCGCUCCCAGGGCGCAGACAAGGACCUGGCAGCCAAAGUCAUCCAGGACAAGUUGGAUCAGAUGGUUUUCUUCUGGGAGGACAUCAAAGCUCGGACCGAGGAACGUGAAAUUAAGUUCCUCGAUGUCCUGGAGCUUGCAGAGAAGUUCUGGUACGACAUGGCAGCACUCCUGACAACCAUCAAGGACACCCAGGACAUUGUCCAUGACCUGGAGAGCCCAGGCAUUGACCCCUCCAUCAUCAAGCAGCAGGUGGAAGCAGCAGAGACUAUCAAGGAGGAGACAGACGGGUUGCAUGAGGAGCUGGAGUUCAUCCGCCUCCUCGGGACUGACCUCAUCUUUGCCUGUGGUGAGACUGAGAAGCCAGAAGUGAAGAAGAGCAUUGAUGAGAUGAACAACGCGUGGGAGAACCUGAACAAAACGUGGAAGGAGAGGCUGGAAAAGCUGGAGGAAGCCAUGCAGUCGGCUGUGCAGUACCAAGAUACACUCCAAGCCAUGUUUGACUGGCUGGACAACGCUGUGAUCAAACUGUGCAAUAUGUCCCCUGUGGGCACCGACCUCAGCACGGUCAAGGAGCAGAUGAACGAGAUGAAGGAGUUUAAAAUGGAGGUUUACCAGCAGCAGAUUGAGAUGGAAAAGCUUAAUCACCAAGGUGAACUGAUGCUAAAAAAGGCUACGGAUGAGACAGACAGAGACAUCAUCAAGGAACCACUGACAGAGCUCAAACAUCUCUGGGAGAACUUGGGCGAGAAAAUUGCUCACAGACAGCACAAGCUGGAAGCCGCCCUGCUGGCACUGGGCCAGUUCCAGCACGCCCUGGCAGAGCUGAUGGCCUGGCUGACCCACACCGAGGAGCUGCUGGAUGCCCAAAAACCCAUCAAUGGGGACCCAAAAGUCAUCGAGGUCGAACUGGCAAAGCACCACGUGCUGAAGAACGACGUCCUGGCCCACCAAGCCACCGUGGAGACAGUGAACAAAGCAGGGAACGAGCUGCUGGAGUCGAGCGCUGGGGACGAUGCCAGCAGCCUGCGGAACCGCCUGGAGAAGCUGAAUUCCUGCUGGGAAUCAGUGCUGCAGAAGACAGAGGAGAGGGAGCAGCAGCUGCAGUCCACGCUCCAGCAGGCUCAGGGUUUCCAUGGUGAGAUUGAAGACUUCCUCCUGUGGCUAACGAGGAUGGAGAGCCAAUUGUCGGCAUCGAAACCCACAGGAGGUCUGCCAGAAACUGCCCGGGAACAGCUCAAUGCCCACAUGGAGCUGUACAGCCAGUUCAAAGCCAAGGAGGAUGUCUACAGCCAGCUGCUAGCCAAGGGCAGGCUGAUGCUGCUCAACCGCGACGACUCCGGCUCCGGCUCGAAGACGGAGCAGAGUGUGGCCCUGCUGGAGCAGAAGUGGUGUCUGGUCAGCAGCAAGAUGGAGGAGAGAAAGGCAAAGCUGGAGGAGGCAUUGGCCCUGGCCACAGACUUCCAGAAUUCCCUCCAGGAUUUCAUCAACUGGCUGACCCUGGCUGAGCAGAGCCUGAACAUUGCGCCGCCCCCCAGCCUGAUCCUCGCCGCGGUGCUGGCCCAGAUCGACGAGCACAAGGUGUUCGCCAACGAGGUGAACGCACACCGGGAUCACAUCAUCGAGCUGGAUCAGACUGGGAACCAGCUGAAGUUCCUCAGCCAGAAGCAGGACGUGGUGCUGAUCAAGAACCUGCUGGUCAGCGUCCAGUCCCGCUGGGAGAAGGUGGUGCAGCGCUCGGUGGAGCGGGGACGGGCUCUCGAUGACGCCAGGAAGAGAGCCAAGCAGUUCCACGAAGCCUGGAAGAAGCUGAUUGAUUGGCUGGAGGAUGCAGAGAAUCACCUGGACUCAGAGCUGGAGAUCUCCAAUGAUCCUGACAAAAUCAAGCUCCAGCUCUCCAAACACAAGGAGUUCCAGAAGACUCUGGGUGGGAAGCAGCCUGUCUACGACACUACCAUCAGGACAGGCAGAGCCCUCAAAGAAAAAGCCUUGCUUCCAGAUGACACUCAAAAGCUGGACAAUUUGCUGGGAGAAGUCCGGGAUAAGUGGGACACGGUGUGCGGAAAAUCCGUGGAAAGGCAGCAUAAGCUGGAAGAGGCCCUUCUCUUCUCUGGGCAGUUCAUGGACGCGCUGCAGGCUUUGGUGGACUGGCUCUACAAGGUGGAGCCCCAGUUAGCUGAGGACCAGCCUGUCCACGGGGACCUGGAUCUGGUCAUGAACCUGAUGGAUGCUCACAAGGUGUUCCAGAAGGAGCUGGGGAAGCGCACGGGGACAGUGCAGGUGCUCAAGCGCUCGGGCCGGGAGCUCAUCGACAACAGCCGGGACGACACCACCUGGGUGAAGGUGCAGCUGCAGGAGCUGAGCAACCGCUGGGACACGGUGUGCAAGCUGUCUGUGUCCAAACAAACCCGCCUGGAGCAGGCCCUGAAGCAGGCUGAGGAGUUCAGGACGGCCGUGCACGUACUGCUGGAGUGGCUCUCGGAAGCGGAGCAGUCCCUGCGUUUUCGGGGAGCGCUGCCGGAUGACACCGAGGCCCUGCAGGCCCUCAUCGAUGCCCACAAGGAGUUCAUGAAGAAAGUGGAGGAGAAGAGGGUGGACAUGAACGCGGCUGUGGGGAUGGGCGAGGUCAUCCUGGGCGCCUGCCACCCCGACUGCAUCACCACCAUCAAGCACUGGAUCACCAUCAUCCGGGCCAGGUUCGAGGAGGUUCUCACAUGGGCAAAGCAGCACCAGCAGAGACUGGAGUCGGCACUCUCCGAGCUGGUGGCCAAUGCAGAGCUUCUGGAGGAGCUCCUGGCUUGGAUCCAGUGGGCUGAGACCACGCUGAUCCAGCGGGACCAGGACCCCAUACCCCAGAAUAUCGAUCAGGUCAAAGCGCUCAUCUCCGAACACCAGUCCUUUAUGGAGGAGAUGACAAGGAAACAACCGGACGUGGACCGGGUGACAAAGACUUACAAAAGAAAAGCGACUGAGCCUCCCCACGGGCCCUUCAUCGACAAGUCCCGCAGCAACAGGAAGUCCUUGGGGCAGGCUGCUCCCCCAAGCAUGCCCAUUAUCUCCCAGUCGGAAACGAAGAACCCCAGGAUAAACCAGCUCUCAGCACGCUGGCAGCAGGUCUGGCUGCUGGCCCUGGAGAGGCAGAGGAAGCUCAACGAUGCCCUGGACAGGCUGGAGGAGUUGAAGGAGUUUGCAAACUUUGACUUUGACGUCUGGCGGAAGAAGUACAUGCGCUGGAUGAACCACAAGAAAUCCCGGGUCAUGGAUUUCUUCCGGCGCAUCGACAAGGACCAGGACGGGAAGAUCACCCGGCAGGAGUUCAUCGACGGCAUCCUGGCUUCCAAAUUCCCCACCACGAAGCUGGAGAUGACGGCGGUGGCCGAUAUCUUUGACCGCGAUGGUGACGGCUACAUCGACUACUACGAGUUUGUGGCUGCCCUCCAUCCCAACAAGGAUGCCUACAGACCCACCACUGAUGCCGACAAGAUCGAGGAUGAGGUCACCAGGCAAGUGGCCCAGUGCAAGUGUGCCAAGAGAUUCCAGGUGGAGCAGAUCGGCGAGAACAAAUACAGGUUCUUCCUCGGCAAUCAGUUCGGCGAUUCCCAGCAGCUGCGGCUGGUCCGUAUCCUGCGGAGCACGGUCAUGGUCCGUGUGGGCGGAGGAUGGAUGGCCCUGGACGAGUUCUUAGUGAAGAAUGACCCGUGCAGAGCACGAGGACGGACCAACCUGGAGCUGCGGGAGAAGUUCAUCCUGCCGGAAGGGGCCUCGCAGGGAAUGACCCCGUUCCGGUCGCGGGGCCGGAGAUCCAAGCCCUCCUCCCGGGCAGCCUCCCCGACACGAUCCAGCUCCAGCGCCAGCCAGAGCAACCACAGCUGCGCCUCCAUGCCCUCCUCCCCGGCCACUCCGGCCAGCGGAGCCAAGACGCCACAUCACUUCUCUCGAUGUUAUGACAAACCCUGGUUGAUAAACAGUAAAGCGAGCACCCCCCUGAGGGGAUUCGAUUAUUCCGACUUCCAGCUCCCGAGCACCGAGGUGACCCCCUCGGCGGGCAGCAAGCUGAAGCGCCCCACCUUCCACUCCAGCCGGACCUCCCUGGCUGGGGACACCAGUAACAGCUCCUCGCCGAUCUCCACAGGUGCCAAAACCGCUCGGGCAGAUGCCAAGAAGGCGGCCAGCCGUCCCGCGAGCCGCGCCGGGAGCCGCGCCGGGAGCCGCGCCAGCAGCCGCCGGGGCAGCGACGCCUCCGACUUCGACCUGCUGGAGACGCAGUCGGCGUGCUCGGACACCUCGGAGAGCAGCGCGGCCGGCGGGCAGAGCUCGCGCCGGGGCGCGGCCAAGCCCUCCAAAAUCCCCACCAUGUCCAAGAAAACGCCCGCCGCCACCCCGAAAACUCCCGGCCCUAAAAGAUAAUACUGUACCCGCCGCCCUCCCGAGAGAGAGAGAGAGAGAGAGGAAGGAAAAAGGAAAAAAAACAAAAUCAACCCGACCCGCGUCCAGUUUUUAACCCUGCUCCGUACAUUGGAUGUAUAUUUAUUCUAAAUGGGAGAAACUAUAUUGUUAAAAGUGUAAAAGAGAAGUUGUGUUAUGAAGCUGCCUUAUUUAGGGUUUUUUUGUUUUGGUUUUUUUGUUUUUUCUUUUUUUCUUUUUUCCCUUUUUUGUAAGUUACUAUUUUCAUGUGAAUAUUUAUGUAGAUAAAAAAAAAAAUUGCCUCUCAGUGACCCCUGUUUAGAGAGGGGCCUGGAAAACUGAAAUGUGGGAGAGAAAGAGAAAAAAAAAAAUCAAGAAAAAGAUUUAAAAAAAAAGGAAGCAAAAAAAAAAAAAAAGGUCAAGAUGUGAAAGUGUAAAGAAGAACUAAACUAUAAAUAGGAUUUCUGCGCGGUGCAGGGUGUGAACCUGCUUUAUCUUUUAGGAUUGUUUCCUAAAUGCAUCUUUAUAAACUUAACUUGCUGUCUCAGCAAGGUAAAUUAUAUUUAAAAGCAAAGACCUGAAUCCUGCAGUGUUCAAGGAACUCUCUUUUUGUAAAUCACAGAUACCUCAACCAGAGAAACAUGAGGUGAGGGGACUUGGGGCUUAUGUUUCCAUUUUUUUUAAAGCUACGUGGUUUUACCUGAAGAAAGCGGAGUUUGACUUUAAUAAAAUUUGCACACACUACAGCAAAGGCCGUGACAAUUUUGCUGUCUUGAAAAUACUGUCCUGACAACUUUGUUUUUAAAGAACAAACCGAGGGUGAGGGGUUUGGGGAGGGGUUUGAGGAGGGGCUUCACGCCAGAGGAGAGCACGGGGUAGGAUUGCAGGUCUGGAUCACUCGGAUGCAUCCCUUAGAGGUGGUGGGCCCUCCAAAAUCAAGGAUUCUUCUGGAUUGAUGGCUUAACCAGCCCGCCCCGAGGCGUUCCUUACACAAUCGCUGUUUUAUCUGCAUCUCUUUGUUUCCUAUUUAUUAUUUAACUGGUCAUUCCACUUCCAGCCAGGCUGAGAUUGAUGUGAACUCUGCUCCUAGGAGAAAUCUGGACUUACACGCACAGUUGCUUGUCCUUGAAAUGAGUCUCACCAGCACACUCGCUGCAAGUCCUGUCUCGCUUUUGUACGCUCCUUUUUCUUUGUAAUAAAAAUCCAGCUGACCAAGUGAACAGGAGACGGGCCGGGGGCGAGGGCUCUCCACAGCUCCUGUAUUUAUUAAAUAUUGUUCCUCUCCGGCUCUGACCGUGUUGCUGUGUGAUUCUCUCAAUUGGUUUCAAAUUGAGGCAAAACUGAAGCUCUACCAAUGAAUUGUUUAAAAAAACAGACACAUUUUUGUAUUAAAAUUGCUUGCGGUAAUAAACAAUCUUGCUUCCUACUUUA